AUGACAAAUCAGAACUCAACCCUUCUAGACCAUAAGGUUGAAGUUGAAAGUAGAAAUUUUAAUGUAACAAUAGUAAAGAAAUACAAACACAAUACAUAUUACACUUUACAACCUGAAGUAGAAUA